GACAAUCACCAAGGCUGUGGAAAAUAUGAUAGGCAAUUAUGAUUCUUUCGUAACCUGUGGAAGGUGACUGACGUAAAUUUUGAGCCGUACUUGACAGCGUGCUUUAUUUUUGUCAGCACCUCAGAAUUAUUGUGUUUAACCUGAUUCGUGAAUCUGCACUUUAAACAGUUUUAAAUAUGGGUACUAGAAUUGAAGGGUACAGAGAAUGCCUCGACAAAGCACUUAACGAUAAAAACCAGCCAUGGACAAGUGCUUUUGAUUGGGCUGAGGGAAAGACUGGAAUAAAGCGAUUGUAUUUGUUCACUGUUUUGAUCAUUGUACUUGGACUGUACAUGGUAUUUGGUUAUGCUGCACAGUUAUUGUGUAACAUCAUUGGAUUUUUGUAUCCAGCCUAUCGCUCCAUGAAAGCCCUUGAGAGUCCAAAUAAGGAUGACGAUACAAAGUGGCUCACAUAUUGGGCAGUUUUUGCCCUGUUCUCCAUCAUUGAAUAUUUUUCAGAUAUUCUCAUUUAUUGGUUUCCAUUCUACUGGCUUAUCAAGUGCCUCUUUCACAUUUGGUGCUUUGUACCACUUGAGAAUAAUGGGUCCAUAAUUAUCUACAAUAAUGUGAUUCGCCCCUGGUUUCUUAAACACCAGGAAAAAGUAGAUAACAUCCUGGAUGAUAUUGCUGGAUCAGCUGCAAAAUUAGCUGCACAGAAUGUCUUCAAGAGCGAUUAAAAUUCUUCAUCCAUUUAUAUCUUGAAUAUUGUAAUUAAAAUUCUCCAUUUAUGUGUUGAUGAGUUUUCUAAGUAUGCACUGUAAGAAAAUGUAUUAUGUAAUAUGGCCUACUAAGGAUAAGCAUUGCAAUUAUAAUAACCUUUCCUGCAAAUCAGCCUGUGUAAUUAUAAUACAAGUGAAUGCACUGACAAGCUUAAGAACAUCAUGAAGUGUUUGGUUAAAAUUAUAUUCACUGCUUCCGACAUCAUACUGUUCAGGUUUAAUGUUUUGGGGUGGUAAUGUAAAUAUUAGUGUUUUCCAUGCAGGAAAACUACAUUAAGUGAUGUUCAUUUGUUACUACUAAUGGGAAUUUUAUAUUAGGCUACAUUGUUUGUCUGACUCGAGGAUAUCUCACAUUUUCGAACAAAUUAAUUUGAAAAAGAUUAUAUAUGUCCAGUGGAGAAAGGUAUGAUUUGUAUAUGUUUAUAAAUAUUACAUGAAUUAUUCUGAAUAGUUUACUAAAAGUAGCAAUUUUAUAUUACUGCAUAUUGUUGAAAAAAAAGUAAUAAUAAAUGUAGUAGUGUAUCUCUAAAAUUUCCUUCUGAUUAAAAUUUUAGUAUUUUACUACUGAUGCUGUGUAAGAUUAUAUUGAUCUUUAGUGAGAAUUUAAUGUUAAGGACUUUAUUCAUUUCCACUGUAUUAUUGUUUUUGUUUUUGGAUACACUGACUUGUACAAUGUACUUUCACACGGUGUUGGAUAGAAAUAAAAAUUACAGUUGUUAUUCCAGUGA